AUGGCCGACGACCUCUGCUCGUCCAGAUCUAAGGUGAUCGACGUCGACGUCAAGCACGCCACGCCGUGGCUCGAGUUUCGCAGCCUGACGUACCUCGACCCCACGGGGGCGACGCGUCGAUGGGACAUGGUCGGCCGCGCCACGCGAUCCGAGUCGGUAAAGUCCAAGGGCAUCGACGCGGUGUGCGUGUUCGCGACGCUCCGAAAAAAGGGCGAGGAGGACACCACUCUGCUCGUGCGGCAGUUUCGACCGCCGAUGAACGGCGAGACGAUCGAGCUCCCGGCGGGGCUGGUGGACGCGGACGAGGACCCGAUCGUCGCCGCGCUGCGCGAGUUGAAGGAGGAGACGGGAUACGUCGGCACGGUCGCGGGGGAUCCGUCGGCUCCCCGCGGCGGCGUCCCGGCCAUGACGCCGGCGUUGCCGCUGUCGCCGGGGCUCUCCAACGAGACCGUCGCGCUGGUCCGCGUGGACGUCGACCUCGACGCCCCGGAGAACGCCAACCCGCGGCAGCAGCUGGAAGGGAGCGAAUUCAUCACCGUGUUGAGGGUGCCAAUCGCGGGGCUCAGGCGAACGCUCGACGCCUUCGCCCAACGAGGGUACAACGUCUUCGCCGGGUUGUACACCAUGGCGCUCGGCAUGGAGAUGGGGGAGGGCAGGUGA